CGCGCAUGGCGAGUGCCAGCGGGGUCCCUGCCGGACGACUUGUUGUUGUCCCAAUUUGUGCAGCUGCCGCCUCCUCCUCCUCCUUUCCGGUGUCGCACACAAAAAGCUUUUUAACGGCCAGUUUGUCUCCGAGGCCCGGGGGAAAGCUCUGGCUCUGGCUUUGUCCUCCUCCCCCCUCGCCCCGACCACCCCGGGGGCUCGGGCGGGAGAGCCAAUCGGUGACGGAGGAAGUUCGGAGGCACAGGGAAGGAGACCCGGGGAGGGAAUGCGAAAGUUCGCAGGUCUCGACUUGCUUCCCAGCAGAGCGUCGCGUUCAGCUCCGAGUCAUGAGGCAGAAGAAGGACGAAGACGAGGCGGUGCACCUGCGGCGAGAGAUCGGCCUGGUGCCCGCCGCGUCCUUCAUCAUCGGCACGGUGGUGGGCAGCGGCAUCUUCAUCGCCCCCAAAGGGGUUCUGAUGAACAGCGGCAGCGUGGGCCUCUCGCUGCUGGUGUGGACGCUUUGCGGGGUGCUUUCCUUGUUCGGAGCGCUGUGCUACGCUGAACUGGGGACCACUUUCCCCAAAUCGGGGGGCCACUACACUUAUCUGCGCGAGACCCUGGGGCCGCUCCCUGCCUUUUUACGCCUGUGGGCGGAGUUCCUCUUCAUCAGGCCGGCCGUGGCUUCCUACGUGUCGCUCGCCUUCGGCCGCUAUGUGGUGGAGCCCUUUUUCGCCCCCUGCGAAGCCCCCUCGGCGCUCAUCCGACUGGUUAGCCUGCUGGGUGUGACCUUGGUGGUGGCCGUCAACUGCUGGAGCGUGGCCGCCGCCUCCCGCGCCCAAGUCACCCUGACCGUCGUCAAGACCUUCGCCCUGGUCCUCAUCAUCGUGCCCGGCGUCAUGGCGCUGGCCAAUGGCAAGACGGAGAACUUCCGCAAGGGCUUCGAGCUGGAGGCCUUGACGCUGGACAGGCUGCCGCUGGCUUUUUACCACGGCCUGUACGCGUACGGAGGAUGGUUUUAUCUCAACAUGGUGACGGAGGAAAUCGUCAACCCAAACAGGACCAUCCCGCUGGCCGUGCUGGGCUCCAUGCUGACGGUGACGGCGCUCUACGUGCUGGUCAACGUGUCCUACUACACGAUGAUGACGCCCGGCGAGCUGCUGGCGUCCGAAGCCGUGGCCGUGACGUUCGCCAACCGCGCUCUGCCGGGGGUGUCGGCCGUCAUUCCCCUCCUGGUGGCGCUGUCCUGCCUGGGAGCCCUCAACGGCGGCUUCUUUUCCUCGCCCAGGAUGCUGUUUGCGGGUGCCAGAGAGGGUCACUGGCCCCGCAUCUUCUCCAUGAUUCACAUCCGGCACCGCACGCCGCUGCCGGCCGUCUUGUUGCUGUACCCUUUGGUGGUGGUGAUGCUGAUCACCGAGGAGAUCCAACACCUGAUCAGCUUGGCCUCCUUCGCUCGCUGGUUCUUCAUCGCCCUGGCGACGCUGGGGAUGCUGCUGCACCGCUGGCGCUUCCCGCGGCUGCCUCGACCUUUCAAGGUGCCCCUGGCGGUGGCCGUCACCUUCACCGCCGUUUGCUUCUUCAUCGUGGGCCUGUCGCUGUACUCGGACCCCUGGAACACGGGACGCAGCUGCGCCUUGACGCUGAGCGGCGUCCCCGUCUACUACGUGGCCGCGCGGCGCUCCCGCCUGCCGCCCAGAUGGAGACGCCUGCUCGAUUACUGCAGCAAGCAGCUCCAGAUCCUUCUGGAAGUGGCCCAGCAGGAGGUGAAAACCUACUGAAAGCCAUUUCUGUGCUCCCCCCCCAUUUUACUAGAGGACACGCGUCGUUUCUUUCCGUGUUCAACCAUCCAAACCUUUCAAUAAACUUGAGAGGAAACG